CUCUCUCUCUCUCUCUCUCUCUCUCUCUCUCUCUCACACACACACACACACACGUAGUGACAGAGCUGAGUGAGUACACACACACUACAGGUGAAGAGAGAGAGAGACGUGCAAAGACGCGUACAAAAAUACAGAGCGGGGUGAGCUAGCUAGGCUUGGCUCGCAGGUCCGACCGACACUCCCCCCCUUCGGCCCAUAAUUUCUAUAUAUCCCCCACGUACUUUACUCGGCCUCUCCCACAACACCUCUCCUCUCCCUAGAGAAGCGGCGGGAGAGCUCCUCUCUCCCCUCCCUCCUCCUGCUACCACCACCACCACCUUCCCAGAGCACAGAGCUAGCACGCAGCAGCAGGUCGCCUGCUCGCUCCCCAUUCCCGGUCGGUUCCCACUUCCUCCCCCGCCGGCCGGCCUCUUCUCUCUUGCCUGUCCUCGAGAGAGACAGGAAGCUAGCCGCCGCGGCACGCAGGCGGCAGCGGGAACCGGGGCGCGCGCGGCGGGCAUUAUGGCGCCCGGCGGCGGCGGAGACGCCCGGCGGAACGGCGAGCACGGGUGCGCGUGCGGCGGGUUCCCCGUGUGCGCGUGCGCGGGCGCGGCGGCGGUGGCCUCCGCGGCGUCCUCCGCCGACAUGGACCGCGCGGCGGUGGCCGCCACCGACGGCCAGAUCGGCGCCGUCAACGACGAGAGCUGGGUCGCCGUCGACCUCAGCGACGACCUCUCCGCCGACGCCGACGACGGCGUCGCCAUCGAGGACCGCGCCGUCUUCCGCACCGAGAAGAUCAAGGGCGUCCUCCUCCACCCCUACAGGGUGCUCAUCUUCGUGCGGCUGAUCGCGUUCACGCUGUUCGUGAUCUGGCGCAUCUCGCACCGGAACCCGGACGCGAUGUGGCUGUGGGUGACCUCCAUCGCCGGCGAGUUCUGGUUCGGCUUCUCGUGGCUGCUGGACCAGCUGCCCAAGCUGAACCCCAUCAACCGGGUGCCCGACCUGGCGGUGCUCCGGCAGCGGUUCGACCGCGCGGACGGCACCUCCCGGCUGCCGGGGCUGGACAUCUUCGUCACCACGGCGGACCCCUUCAAGGAGCCCAUCCUGAGCACGGCCAACUCGGUGCUCUCCAUCCUGGCCGCCGACUACCCCGUGGAGCGCAACACCUGCUACCUCUCCGACGACUCGGGGAUGCUGCUCACCUACGAGGCCAUGGCGGAGGCCGCCAAGUUCGCCACCGUCUGGGUGCCCUUCUGCCGGAAGCACGGGAUCGAGCCCCGCGGGCCCGAGAGCUACUUCGAGCUCAAGUCCCACCCCUACAUGGGGCGCUCCCAGGAGGACUUCGUCAACGACCGCCGCCGCGUCCGCAAGGAGUACGACGAGUUCAAGGCCCGGAUCAACGGCCUCGAGCACGACAUCAAGCAGCGCUCCGACGCGCACAACGCCGCCAGGGGGCUCAAGGACGGCGAGCCGCGCGCCACCUGGAUGGCCGACGGCACCCAGUGGGAGGGCACCUGGGUCGAGCCCUCGGAGAACCACCGCAAGGGCGACCACGCCGGCAUCGUGCAGGUGCUGGUGAACCACCCGAGCCACAGCCGGCAGUUCGGCCCGCCGGCGAGCGCGGACAACCCGCUGGACUUCAGCAUGGUGGACGUGCGGCUGCCGAUGCUGGUGUACGUGUCCCGCGAGAAGCGCCCGGGCUUCAACCACGAGAAGAAGGCCGGCGCCAUGAAUGCCCUCACCCGCUGCUCCGCCGUGCUCACCAACUCGCCCUUCAUCCUCAACCUCGACUGCGACCACUACAUCAACAACUCCCAGGCGCUGCGCGCCGGCAUCUGCUUCAUGCUCGGCCGCGACAGCGACACCGUGGCCUUCGUCCAGUUCCCGCAGCGCUUCGAGGGCGUCGACCCCACCGACCUGUACGCCAACCACAACCGCAUCUUCUUCGACGGCACGCUCCGCGCGCUCGACGGCAUGCAGGGCCCCAUCUACGUCGGCACCGGCUGCCUCUUCCGCCGCGUCACGCUCUACGGCUUCGACCCGCCGCGGAUCAACGUCGGCGGGCCCUGCUUCCCGUCGCUGGGCGGGAUGUUCGCCAAGGCCAGGUACGAGAAGCCCGGCCUCGAGAUGACCACCAAGGCCGCCGUCGCCAAGGGCAAGCACGGCUUCCUCCCGCUGCCCCGGAAGGCGUACGGCAAGUCGGAGGCGUUCGUCGACUCCAUCCCGCGCGCGUCGCACCCGUCGCCGUUCGCCGCCGCCGCCGCCGUCGUGGCCGACGAGGCCACCAUCUCCGAGGCCGUGGCGGUGACCACCGCGGCGUACGAGAAGAAGACCGGGUGGGGCAGCAACAUCGGGUGGGUGUACGGCACGGUGACGGAGGACGUGGUGACGGGGUACCGGAUGCACAUCAAGGGGUGGCGCUCCCGCUACUGCUCCAUCUACCCGCACGCCUUCAUCGGCACCGCCCCCAUCAACCUGACGGAGCGCCUCUACCAGGUGCUCCGCUGGUCCACGGGCUCCCUCGAGAUCUUCUUCUCCCGGAACAACCCGCUGUUGGGGAGCACCUUCCUGCACCCGCUGCAGCGCGUGGCCUACAUCAACAUCACCACCUACCCCUUCACGGCCAUCUUCCUCAUCUUCUACACCACCGUGCCGGCGCUGUCCUUCGUCACGGGCCACUUCAUCGUGCAGCGCCCCACCACCAUGUUCUACGUGUACCUGGCCAUCGUGCUGGGGACGCUGCUGAUCCUGGCCGUGCUGGAGGUCAAGUGGGCGGGCGUCACCGUGUUCGAGUGGUUCCGGAACGGGCAGUUCUGGAUGACGGCCAGCUGCUCGGCGUACCUCGCCGCCGUGUGCCAGGUGGUGGUGAAGGUGGUGUUCCGGCGGGACAUCUCGUUCAAGCUCACGUCCAAGCAGCCGGCGGGCGACGAGAAGAAGGACCCCUACGCGGACCUGUACGUGGUGCGGUGGACGUGGCUGAUGGUCACGCCCAUCAUCAUCAUCCUCGUCAACAUCAUCGGCUCCGCGGUGGCCUUCGCCAAGGUGCUCGACGGCGAGUGGACGCACUGGCUCAAGGUGGCCGGCGGCGUCUUCUUCAACUUUUGGGUGCUCUUCCACCUCUACCCCUUCGCCAAGGGCCUCCUGGGGAGGCACGGCAAGACCCCCGUGGUGGUGCUCGUCUGGUGGGCCUUCACCUUCGUCAUCACCGCCGUGCUCUACAUCAACAUCCCCCACAUCCACGGGCCCGGCGGCAAGCACGGCGCUCACGGCGGCAGGCACUCCUCCCACCACCACGCCGGCAACAGCCUGCACUUCACGGUCUGGCCGUAGGAGGGAUGCGUCGAGCACAUACAUACCAGGCCCCCAACAUUGAUUCAUCGACCAGACCGACCACCGUGAAGAGAAGAGUACGUUCCGUUCCGUUCCAGUCCAUUCCGUUCCGUUCUGCUGCUGCUUCUGCUGCUGCUGGUGAAGCUAGACUGCUACGUACAACAUGCGACCGACGACGUACCCGCCACCACAAUUUGAUUUCUUCUUUUUUUUUCUUUCUAGUUUUGUCCAGAAAUUGAAAGAUGGUGUUGAUUUGAUUUAGUUCUUUUUUUUCGAUUAUUAAUUACCGUACCCGUGGUAAUUAAUCAUGUACCUACUACUAUAUAUACAUUACGCCAAGAGGAAGAGGAAGAGGAUCAUCGUCACCUGUAAGUGAGGAGGGGGUGUGAGAUGAGAUGAGAUGAGCGAGCUUGAGGGUGAGUGGGGCCGGGGUGCCGGUGUCUGUACUGUACAUGCUACUGGAGUGAGUGGAGUCCGAGUCACACACAGUGGGAGGGGGGAGGAGGGUUGUGUAGGGCCCCCGGCUCUGGUUGGGGUGGUAUUCUUUUAGUAUAUGGAACACAAUAAAUUUAAUUCCAUUCUUGCA